AUGUCGUCAAUCAUAACUUCCCUCAAGGACCUCGUUACCUCCGUGUUCGAGGUCAUAUUCUCCGUGUUCAACAGUGCGAUAGAUAUGGUGUCUGGUCUUGUUAUGGGCGUUGUCAACUCUGUCAUUGGUGUCGUGAAAAUGGCCCUGCACACGGUGGGAAACUUCUUGGAAGCUGCAGGUGGAGUGGGCAAAUUUGUUGCCAGCAACAUCGUUGUCAUCGCACUUAUCGCUGGAGGUAUAUACGGUUAUCUACAGUAUCAAGGUCGCCAAGGUCGUCCCGCUAGGGUUGGAAACAAGAAGUUGAAUUAA